CCCAGCUUCGGAUCCAUUCGACUGCAAAGCACGAGAAGGGAGAGGGGGAAGAAAAAAAAAAAAAUAGAAAAAUAAUAAUAAUAAUAGCAAGGGGCCUGCGUCUUAAUCAGUUUGCCCGUGACGUGGAGCUAGUGGCCUUGUUCCAAUCGCCGCGUUUAUCCCAUAAGCCGCAGCAAGGCCGAACAUUGUUGCAUCUCUCUACUAUUCGUGGACCGGCUGUCAUGGGAAAAAAGGAUCCAAAGCCCGCUUCUGGGACCAACGGUAGCUCUGCUAAAGGGAAACAUCUCCACGAGGGUCACAAGACGACAGCCGCUACACUCGCGAAGGUAGCAGCAAAGCAGGACGAGUUGAGGCAGAAGGAAUCGCUUGAAACUGACUGUCCACCCCGAGCUCCUCCCAAGGAUACGUCUACUCAAAAAUCACCGUCACCGACCAACCAGGUGGCCCCGAGAAGAAAGCUUCUGCAGAGACAACUGACUGGUGGAAAAUCUGACAUGGCGCCGGUUGCUCUUAAUACAGCUACCGCGAUUUCGCGGAUUGCCGAUAAUCGGGCUCCACCCACCAAAUCCGCCUCACCUUCCCCAACAAUGAAGGUCCCUCGAGUGAAGUCGGCAUCCAAAUCUUCGACAAAAUCGUCGUUUAGGUCGCAGAGCUCUGAUGCAUCAAAUUAUAGAGGCCUCACAAAACUUAAUUCGCAUCCUGCUUCACCUGCCUGUGGCUCCUCGGAUAACCCGCCCCCUUUACCAGAUCGACCGGCACCGCAACGCUCUGCAUUGGCUGAGGGGGGAAGCUUGUUGAGCAUCGUCAAGAAAGGGGGGGGGCAGGUUCGAUCCGGUGGAUUGGGAGCCGCUAAAUUUCUGGGGAAAAAAGGGCACGAAGCUUGGGGUAAAAUCAAGAAGGGGAAGGAGAAAAAUGGCCAUUCUGGACCGACUGGUUCACCUUAUUCUGGUGGGGGUAAUGUAAGCCUCAGGGAUUCUAGCAAUGACAUCGAUGUUUUCGGUAUGGAUUUGCGGGAAGCUGUCGUGCGGACUAGAAUCGUGAAGGAGAGGAAGGGUCCUGCUGAUGCGGCAUAUUGGAUGCCCGCUUUGGCGUAUCGGUGCCUUCAGUAUGUCCCCCUGUUACCUGGAUUGCCACGCAAAUAUACUUGGAGGUGGCUGCUAACAUUGAAUUUUAGAUACCUCAACGUGCACGGCCCACCUGAACUUGGAAUUUAUCGAAUCUCUGGAAGCACGUCUGUUGUUGACGAUUUAAGAGCAGAGUUCAAAAUGCGUAUGGCUUCACGACACCCUAGGCACCUCAAGGCUAAUCAUUCUUUUUCCAGAGCAUGACGUGGAUCUUUUUGACAACCCUCCCGAUGACCUCCAUACUGUAUCGUCUUUGCUCAAAGGAUGGUUCCGAUCGUGUGAGUAUACAAAAGUGGUGUGCCCAUUCUAGUUUACCCCCGUUAACAUAUCUCGAUAGUGCCCGAAGCGGUACUCCCUCCGGAGGUUCAGAAGCGGGUAUACGAAAAGUGUAAGGAUCAAACCGAUGCCCCGAAACCGCCCCAGGCAUUCAUCGACGAACUUUCACAGCUGCCCCCCUAUGUGAGCCAUCUCCCUGCCCCCCCCCCCCAAUCGAUUGGUUGACUUGAGAGUAAAUUCCUAACAAACAUGGCUUAGAAUUACUACCUACUUCACCAUCUUUUUUCUCAUUUGAGUGCUGUUUGUAGCGCUUCCGACAUAAACAAAAUGAAUCUUGCGAAUCUCGGCAUGAUAUUCUGUUCUACUCUUAGAAUUGACCGUUUUUGCUUUAAUUGGCUUGUCAGUAGCUGGGAUGAGUGUUGGGCUGGAUGCAAGACGGAAGAGGAAGAGUAUAGGAGGGUUAUCCCUAGUAGGCAGCCUUCAACUGCCUCUUCUGGUCAGAGCCAAUACCACGACGCUUCCUCGGCACCUGAGUCACGGUCGACUAGCCAAACCAAUGUUGAUCGCUAUCCAUCGAAUUCUUCUAAUACUCGGCCUCAAAAGACACCAUCGCCGGAGCCUAGAUCCCUUGCUAGGUCUCUCAGCAGGGUUGGACGCCGUAGGGGGGGAUCCAGUAAGGAUUCGAAGGAGCGUAAGCAGGGGAAGUCUCAACCUUCCCCACCGCUCUCCCAGGGACCACUGCCGGGGGCUCAAAACGACGAGCGGAAAUACAAGGACCCUGACCAAUCAAGUUUGCAGGUGGAAACAGGUCGUCCACCCACAAGUCCGGCAUCGGAGUUCGCUUCGGAAGCAGAUACUCAAACUCCUGGGCCCACACCGGGUGGCGGUAGUAGUGCCGAGAAGCUGGAUCUGAGCUUGCCGGGUAUCCAGCCAGUCAGUCCUCUGGCUAUGCUUUGACUAGAUAGCGCUCGGAAUAUCUGAGGCAUGAAGCUAAGAGGGGCUACUAUGGAGGUUUAUUGCUGACUACUGCGAUUAGGAAACUCUAUUGGUCCUCCGGUAGGGCUUAUGGGCGCUACUAAGAAAGCUUUGUUUUCAGGAUACAUACAUAAUGGCCCUUCUUGUUUCUUCUUUUUCUCCUCUCCGGUUUUCAUCUCCGCUCCCCCGCCCUUACUCGAGCAGCCCUGAGCGGCGGGUGUUGGCCUGGUUACGUUUUUCCCUUUUCUUUUCGGUUUUUUGUCAAUCGGAGUUGAGCGAGCAUUUAGUUGAUUGCAUUCUUUUCUUAGUUUUAUGUUUGCGAAGGCGUGAGUAUAGACGGAGGAAUUUCAUUAAACUUAUUCCCUCUUCAAUUCUACCCUUCUCGCACUUGAUUUUUUGACACUGCAUCCCUCACAUUUGCUCUUACCUUAUCCUCCCCUCUACCUAUAUCAUUCGCUUCACUCGUAGCUAGCCACAAAUUUCCUUCCAACAAAAGAAUCACUCUCUCUUUUUCCCCUGUUCCCUCCUCGCUCUCAUGCCUCUUUCGUACUUACCAUCGAUCUUUUUCCCCGUUUUCAUUCCUUCUUGUUUGUGAAAUAGUAAAAGUCGGGGCAUCAUUCCUUUAGCUGUAACUCCGGAGGCGUUUUCUUUUUCUUUUUCUUUUCUUUUUUCCUGCUGAUCUAGUUUUUUCCUUUUCUCUCACUCGUCUUCCGCUCAUCUCCCUGCUUGGGCCUCGCCGGUGCUGCGAUGUCUGCGUGAGUAACUAACUAGGUGUUUUAGUCUUCCUUUUUACUUAUUUAUUUAUUCUCAUGUUAUAAGUUUUUGUAGUCUCUUUUUUUCUUUCUUUUUUUUUGACUUGGGUUUUUUUUUUCUUGUUAGAGGAACCUUCGAGGGUUGGGUUGGUGGAUGGCUUAGGAUAGGUGGGUGGGGUAGUGGGUGGGGGAUGGGGGUGGGAUGUCGUUUACAAAUUUAUUAUAUUAACGU